AUGUUGCUUGCUACACCUGUCAACUACCACUACCGUCGCCCCCUCUCCUUCGCUCUCGAUCCUUACCUCGCAGAGCAAAGAGAGCGUUCAUUGCCCCUGCGUUUCGAGCAGCAGCUUAGGAAUCACAAUUCCAUCCGUAGCCUUGUGCCAGAGCAUGAUCACUGUCUCAACACGUACCUCGGCUACCCUUAUACCACGCACGACCAUGAUAUGCUCGAGUACGAGCUUGCACUCCAUAGGGCCCGCCGCCAGGCUGCAAUCCAGCGUGCCAACCGCGCUAUCUUAGAUCAGGCCGUUCGUGAGCGCGAGGCCAGAGUCCGAGAGCAGAAGUAUUUUGCUGCUCUCCAGGCUCAUCUCAAGGAGCAGCAAGUUCGCGCCCGCCGCGCCGCAGAGGUCAACAGCUUCCUCGCAGGUCCCGAGCCAUUCUUCAGUGCAUUUCGAUCUUUCGACCAGCCUGAUGUUACUAAACUCCCCACUCAGCCCACAGCUUCCACCUCCAAGGCCCCUGUCCAGGAUGAGCCCUCGCUCGAGGACCGUCUGAUGGCAGAGUACCAGUCUGACGUGCGCGAUACGCUCCAAUCCAUCUUUGCAUGUCUCUCUGAAGGCACUUCAACCGAACCUCCUAUCGAACACGUUCCAGUAACAUCCGCUGUUCCAGAAACAUCCGCCAAGCCGGUAACAUCAGCUAAGGUUUCUAGCUCUACGCCCGUCAACCUCAACGACGAGGGAGCUACAUCCUCGCAGAAGGGCAAAGGAAAGGCCAAGGAGAUCCCUGACUCGGACACCGAAGAAGACCCUUCUGCAUCUCCAGCCCAGGUCGCCUCUUCCCUCUCCCAGAUCACUUCCAUUGCCUCCCGUCUCGAAACCCUAAUCGCUGACUUCCAGUUCCCUGCUGAACUCGAUUUCUCUCCUUCGCGCUCGCCGUCCCCGGCUUACUCAGCCCUUGACACCGCUGAUGCAUUUGCGUUGACAUACGCUGCAACCAAUGCGCCCCUCCGCGCUCAGGAACAUGCGCUUUCGUUGCUCCUCGGAGACUUGGACAACGUCCCCAGCUUCGGGUCGCACGUAGUAAGAGACGCAAGACGCGCAGUCGUUGCUCGCGUAGAGCAAGCGCUGGAAGAGCUUGAGAGAGGUGUAGAGGAGCGAAGGGGUCGUGCUCGUGCCAGAAAGGCGGUCCCUGUGCCUGUCGAGCAGCCUGCUCGCUCAACGCAAACGCAUGUCCACCCCCCGGAGCCGGAGAAUCUCACCUCUGCGGAUCUCGCACCCAAUCAAGUCACCGCUGUAGAUGAGGUUCCUACCAAGGUCUUUGUUCCUGCAGUCCCAGUCGAAGCACUCGCACCCGCCGCCUCUUCUCCUAUCGAAGCAAUCGCAGACCCUGCAGUAUUUGAGACUAGUAUCGAAGCACCUGCCGCUUCCAUCGAGAUCGCGACCGCAUCUGUGGCGGAGCCGAGCCUUCCUUCUUCCGCUUCUCUUCCCACAGCAUCCUCUGAAGUUUCCGAAACGUUGACAGCUCAACUUUCGGUCCCGGUGGAAGAAGGGUACGAGGAGCCGCUUGUCGAUGAAGUCAGCACUAGUACUGUCUCUGAGGACACAUCAGUCGAGGACGCCAUCAUCAUUGAGGACACCGACACCCCAAUACAUGCGGACCUCACCCAUUCGUCAUCCGCUACGCGUCCAACGCCACCUGCAAUUGAUACCUCAGAUUCACUUUCCCAAAACACCAUCGGCAUCUCUGUUCCCGCCUCUAUUCCCAAUUCUACGACUUUAACCCAUGCGGACGCUGAUUCCUCCGCGGACACCACAAACAUUUCGGCAUCCUUUCCCCCGGCGGCGGCGUCUUCUAUCUUGACACCUGAACAGACGCCUUCUCAGGUGAACGUGCCAGAGUCCGAUUCAGAGUCUUAUUCGACUAUGGAAUCACCCGCACCUUCGUCUCCCGUCAGUGAGGCAGAAGUGGAUACGUUCCUCCUUCUAGGGGAUGAGUUGGUUGAGAAGGAGUGGUGUAAUGUCGAAGCCUGA